AUGUCUUCAAGAAACAAAAAGGUUAGUAUCUAUGUUUCUGAUGAUAUCGUCUUGUCUAUUUUGUCAAAAUUACCUUUAAAAUCUGUGAAUCGGUUUACUUGUGUACACAAAUGUUGGAGUCUUUUGUUUGAAAAUUCUUGUUUUGUAAACAUGUUUUACAAAAAUAUGGUUUCGAAAUAUCAAUCACUUGGCGAUGAAGAAAAGUGUCUCUUGACAAACUAUUUUGAUAGUACCAACUGGCAAUGGAAAUUGCAUGUGUUGUCACUUGAGACAUUUGAGAGUAAAAUGCAACUUAACUUCCCACAUCCUUUUAAACCAGAUCUCUAUCGCUCUCCAUCUCCUUCUACACUAGUUUCUUAUGCUGAUGGAGUUCUAUGUAUCUACGACCGCUAUCAUUCAGAUAUUGCAUUAUGGAAUCAUGUUACCGCAGAGUUAAAUAUCAUCCCCCGGAGUAUUGCUAUAAGGAAGGAAGGUUCUGGUAUGCAUGAAGAAUUUAGAUUUUAUAAAGAAUUUCACAUCAACACUAUUAUUCAUGGAUUUGGUUAUGACCAAAUUAAAGAUGACUACAAGAUCAUUCAGUAUGUUAAAGGGAGAGGUUGUUGGGAAGACAGACUGCCUUAUCCUUUAUGGGAAAUAUAUAGUCUUAAAAGGAAAUUUUGGAAGAGACUUUACCUUGAUGAUAUGCCAACACGCAGUGGGAUGUGCGAUCCGCUAUCUUUCAAUGGUGUGUGUCAUUGGUGCGGGUAUAUUAGGGAUGAAACAUAUGUGGUAUCAUUUUAUUUUAACACAGAAACACAUGUUACCACUCCCUUACCCAAAAAUAUGCAAGAUUUAGAUUGUUCGGAGAUAUACUUGAUAUUGUUAAAUGGAUAUGUUGCUAUGAUCUCAAGCUAUGUUCUUGAGGACCGCGUCUCAAUUGCAAUUUUGACUGAACUCGGCGUCAUGGAAUCAUGGAUUAAAUUAUUUGAUUUUAUACCUUCUUCAAACAUGUAUUAUCCUAUUGGAGCAAGUAAGAAUGGAGAUUUACUUUACAAACAUAAAGAUCAAUUAAUUUCUGUUGAUUUAACAACUGGAAUAGUUCUCAACAUUGAUCUUAACAAAGACAUAAAAGAUGUAUUGGGUGAGAAAGAAUCUCGUAGUAAUAUGCUAGUCUAUUAG